AUGACGGCUGCCAAUGGAAGGCGGUUCAACGAUGAAGAGAAUAACGGUCAUACUCCAAUAAGCGGGGAUCCUGGCCUGGAUAUGAUGGAUUUCGCUGAGCAGAUCAAUCUCUUUCAAGAUUACAGUAACCCCAAGGUCAAAUCCGUCAUCUUUGCGAUGUACAGCCUCUUGGAUAAACACGGCAGGGUCGAGCCGUUUGGCAAACACCGCUUGACUCUCGACCAAUACUACCAGAACCUCUUCACUCUUUACAUAGUCACGUAUCUGCGUAAGGAGUACCACUCGGCUUAUACUGUUUUGCUUCGCUUCCAGAACACGAACUACCACGAGACCGGAGAGCUGCCUAGCAUAGAAAACGUCGUCCGCGCUUUUGAGUACCUCCCAACGCAUGCCCCACUUUGUCGCUGGAUAGUGAUACUAUACAGUUUCCUCUGGGGAACGCAGCACUAUGGCAGUUGGGACAUGUUCAUGAACACGCACCCAAGUGUCAAGUCAAGGGUCCGCGCAGUCGCCAAACUUCUCUUCGGGAUUUGCUACGUUCGCGAUCCAUUUACUACGGGAGGCGAUGGGGCAGUACGGCAGCAGUGGUGUGAGGUCCACAACCAUUCUACGGGGACCCGUGAACAGGAAGAAGCUUGCGAAAACAUGAAGAGAGAGGAAAGUCCCGAGGCCUUAUAA